GAGUUUUGUUGAAGUUGCAAAGUCCGGGAGCCUCCAGAGGGCUGUCGGCGCAGCAGCAGCGAGCAGCACAGUCCGCGCGCUCCGGUGAGGGGCAGAAGAGCGCAAGGGAACGCGGACCGAGCCCAGACGCUUAGCCCUUUCCAGGCGGACAGGCAGAGCCCCCGCUAUGGAACACCAGCUCCUGUGCUGCGAGGUGGAGACCAUCCGCCGCGCGUACCCGGACACCAACCUCCUCAAUGACCGGGUGUUGCGAGCCAUGCUGAAGGCGGAGGAGACCUGCGCGCCCUCCGUGUCCUACUUCAAGUGUGUGCAGAAGGAAAUCCUGCCGUCCAUGCGGAAGAUCGUGGCUACCUGGAUGCUGGAGGUCUGCGAGGAGCAGAAGUGCGAGGAGGAGGUCUUCCCGCUGGCCAUGAACUACCUGGACCGCUUCCUGUCGUUGGAGCCUCUAAAGAAGAGCCGCCUCCAGCUGCUGGGGGCCACCUGCAUGUUCGUGGCCUCCAAGAUGAAGGAGACCAUCCCCCUGACGGCCGAGAAGUUGUGCAUCUACACUGACAACUCCAUCCGGCCCGAAGAGCUGCUGCAAAUGGAGCUGCUCCUGGUGAACAAACUCAAGUGGAACCUGGCUGCCAUGACCCCCCAUGAUUUCAUCGAACACUUCCUGUCCAAAAUGCCAGAGGCUGAGGAGAACAAACAGAUCAUCCGCAAACACGCACAGACUUUUGUCGCCCUGUGUGCUACAGACGUGAAGUUCAUUUCCAACCCACCCUCCAUGGUGGCAGCUGGAAGCGUGGUGGCCGCAGUACAAGGCCUGCACCUGGGUAGCCCCAACAACUUCCUGACCUGCUACCGCCUGACGCACUUCCUCUCCAGAGUGAUCAAGUGUGACCCGGACUGCCUGCGUGCCUGCCAGGAGCAGAUCGAGGCCCUGCUGGAGUCCAGCCUGCGCCAGGCCCAGCAGAAUUUGGACCCCAAGGCCACAGAGGAAGAGGAGGAAGAGGAGGAGGAGGUGGACCUGGCCUGCACACCCACUGACGUGCGGGAUGUGGACAUCUGAGGCGCGGCUGCUGCCAGGGUGCGGAGCAGUGGCCAGCAGCCCCCCGAGGGAAGAGCCAGUCCCAGCUGCUCCUCUGACCAGGUCCCUCUUCUCUGGGACAUUUUGCUACCAGAAGGGAAAGUUUCAUUCUCCUUGUUGGUUUUUGUUCCUUUGCUCUUUCUCCCUUCCAUCUCUGACUUAAACAAAAGAAAAAAUAACCUGAAAAACCUUAAAAAAAGAGAGAGUGAAAGAGAGAGGAUAGACUUUCAUGACCCUGAGUGGGGGGAGGUGAGUUGUGCUACAAAAUAGAGGCUUUUAUACCCCAGUAAUCAACUAGUUUUUAUAUUAAUGUGCUUGUGUCUCUGGUAAGAAAUAGAUUAACACACAAGAAGUCUCCAGGGAGGACUAGAUUUGAUUCCUCAUGUUUUUUUUUUUUUUUAAAAAAAGGCAUAAAAACAUUUUAAAAGAGAAAAAUCGCAACAAACCAUUUUUAAAGUAGAAGAGGGUUUUAGCUAGAAACAUGUAUUCUUGUGCACUCGCAGGAUGUGCAUCUCGGUGUGGUCCUGGGAGUUCCUGUCCCUGCUUGUUCGGCCGUGUAGUCACUUGAUAAGUCACAUGUAUGUUCAUUUAUCUCGUAGCUAGGUAGAUAUAUAACCUCUUCACCUUAUGGAUGGUUGAUGCAAUCUCUCAGUCAGCGUAGCAGACUGUGGCAUCCUUUUGUGCUCGGUCUGUGCCCAAGGACCCUCAUCAGGGCCGGGCUUGCCGGGUACCAGCCAGUCUCAAGGUAGUAGGAAAGGCCAGCUGACCCCUUCCUGCAACACGCUACUGUAGAGAGAAAAUGAAAUAGUGACAUAAUAUAUUCUAUUUUUAUAAUCUGCCUAUUUUUGUAGUUAUCUGUUUAUGAGAUGCUGGUUUUUUUCACCCAGUGCCCUGCUGCCUGCUCACAACCAGGUUAAAUUCAUAGCUACUUUUUUUUUCUUUUCUAUUAUUGUUGUUUUGGUUUUCCUUCUCUGUAUUCUGAAACCAUUCCAUUUCAAAGCACUUUGGGUCCAGUAGUUAGAGGCAAUAUCGCUGUUGAUGUUGUGCAUGCGGGGUGGGGGGGCGAAUUUUUAAUGGAAUGGUUCAGGAAUAUUCACGUACUUGUAUGCAAACAGGAUUGCUAAGCAAGUGCAUGUCACUGCGGGGUUAGCGAGAGGGGGAUGUUUUUUGAAGGUUUUGUUCCAGUCAAGAAGAAACAGAUCCGCAUUCUCAACAUUGCCAGGAUGAUAGAGAAGUUCCUGUCCGGUAGAGAAAUUGACUUUCAUAGGAAUCCUUUGGUGCCAGCUGGUGUUUGAAAUUAGGGACCUCAAAGGUUUACCUAGGGAGCAAGUAGUUUAAGGGUUACUUUUAGAUGUUUCAUGAUGGAAGGUUUUUAAACACUAAAAUAUAUAAUUUAUAGUUAAGGCUAAAAAGAAUAUUUAUUGCAGAGGGUGCUCAUGAGGCCAGUAUGAUUUAUAAAGUAAUGCAAUCUCCCCUUGAUUUAAACACACACAAACCUUUCUGCCUUUGGUGUCACAGGCUUAAUACAGUUUACGGAAGAUUGGUCCCUUUGUAGGCAAGGGAGAAAAUCUCAAGAUGAACCACCCAAGACACGGAUUCGGCCUGUUUGGCAUUUCCCAAAGUGGUCUGAUCUGCGAAUCAUCCAGGAAAUUUAGGGUACUUGAAUGAGUUCAAUUCCAGCACACUCUUAUCCCCUGCCCCUCCUUUAGAAAACAAAAAGUUGGUAACAGGUAGACAAUUUGCACAUCUUGGCUCUGUCGCUUUUUGUGUAGGAAGUGUUGAAGGGAAGUGGCGAGAGCGUGAGGCUGAGGCUGGAGAGAGGAUGGGGGGCGGGGGAGGAAGUGUGGGCGGGAAGAGGGACGGGGCAGUGACCCCGUGAGGGACAGGCUGCAGCUCCGUUUCUUAAUGCGCUGCUACCGAUGACUUCCCGGCACGGUUCGGAAACAAACUCACAUCGCUUCUCUGUGUCUCUUUCACAUUGUUUUGCUGCUAUUGGAGGAUCAGAUUUUUUUGUUGUUUUACAAUGUCAUAUACUGCCAUGUUCCUGUUUUAAUUUCCUCGUAGAAAAUUGUAUUCCAGAUUCCCUUGUUUUGUAGUUGUUUUUUUUUAUGUGAUCAAUUUUGACUUGAUGUGAUUACUGCUCUAUUCCAAAAAGGUCCCUGUUCACAAUACCUCAUGCUUCACUUAGCCAUGUGCAGACCCAAUGGUUGGGCUCUGUCUACCUUGGUGGACAGACACACAGAUAAGAUAGCAAGACUGGGCCUGGUGGGAACCGGCCAUGGCCUGGUCCGCGAGACCCACAUAGGAUCUUCCCCUGCGCCUGUCGUGUGGGGCUGUUCACCUAUCUGGGAUGUACCAUCGUAGUAUGACAGCUGUAUCAUUCUGUAUGUGUAGUUAUGAACAUUGCAUUAUUAUUAUUAUUAUUAUUGUUAUUAUUAUUAUUAUUAUUAUAACCAGUCUGUCUUACGUGCCACUGUGGUGCUGGGCCCGUAGGACUCUUGUCAUUCGGGAUGAUUGAAAUUGCUUCUGGAAUUUGUUCAGGUUUUGGGUGUGUUAAUCUGUUGUUAUUGUACUAGUGUUCUGUCUGUUGUUGUUUUGUUAAUUACGGCAUAAUGCUAAUUUAAAAGAGACUCCAAAUCUCAAUGGAGCCAGCUCACAAUGCUGUGUGCCCAAGAGUCCCCUAGCAAGCUGCCGAACCAAAAGGAUAUGUGCCCCCAAGGGGGGGUGUCUGUGCCAGAGGCCAUUGGGAGGUGCAUGGCUGUCCCUCCGCCCCUCCGGAUCACUGCUUCUGCUUACCUCAACCAUUCUGGCUGUGACGUCUCUAUGUCUGAACCGAGCGGGGUCCAUGAGGGACGGUGUGUCCAUGGUGGUGGGUGAGGGCAGACAUCUUCAGUACUGUGUGCCAAAAGCCCAAAGGCUGGUGGCAGGUCCACGGAGCACAGCAGAGUCUGUCCUGUGAUCCGAACGUCUGUGAGGGUCUCUGGUUGGCAAGCAGUUUGGGUCUGUGCUUUGGUGGACACACCUCAGCGCUUCCCAGCAUGGACAUGUAACCGGCACGUUUCCAGCAGAAAACAAAAAGACAAACGUGAAAAAGUCUAGAAAUAAAAUUGGUAAAAGCCCCA